AUGGAUCCCUCGAAGCGCAUUUGUCUAAAAAACAUUCCUCCUGACUGCACCAAGCGGGAGAUUGCGGAAUUUGUUCGGGGCCGCACGGGAGCUCAGCCACACAGCAUCGACUUGGGGCUUGACAGGGAAGGGAGCAUCCGCCGCUAUGCUCAUUUUUCAGUUGAGGGCGCGAAAAACGUCAUCUCCGCGCUCUCCGGUGCCCUCUGGCGUGAUGUGGAGGUCACGGCGCUUCCUGCGAAGCCGCACUACAUGUACCGACUAGCCGAAGCGCGACGACAGCGAGAGCGGCAGGAGGCAGAGGAGCGGGCGUGUUUGGAGGCAGCGUGGAAGGAAUUUACGGCACGGUGGAUGGAGAAGACGGGUGGCGAGCUGCGGAGGGGGAAGGCGCCGAAGUCGUUCUACGCUACGAGGCGGCGCUACGGCGAGGUCGCAUCUGAGAUUGCAAGGAGGCUUCGCGAAGAACAUCGGCGAAAACGCGCUGCGUACUCGCCCAGAGAAGCGAAUGCCACGCAGGGCCAUCGCUGUCAGCGAGAGGAGGCGCGCUGGCAGCAACGCGGGGGCGAGGCGGAAGUGGUGGCGUCCACUGCAGCCGUAGAACCCGCCGUCAAUCGGCGUCCGCAGGAACGAGACCCGAGCCGAAGUAAGUCCAACCUGCACUACAAGCGCCCGCGUGGCGUGGGGGACGUCUCAGUAAAAAGGGAGAAGAAACAAAAGACGGAGGACACCGUUGUGACGACUCAAAAGGAACCGCAACAACCCACAGGGCCUUCGAAGGAAGAGAGGAAACUUUCAGGGCUGCAGGCGAAGCUGGCUGCCCUUCGUGCCAAAAUGAAGUCAUGA